AUGGUGAGGCAGCUUGUUUGGCAGCGGGCCACCGCCUCUCGCAGGCUGGCCCCGAAGUGCCUUCCCCCACAAGGACUGUUCAACCGCCGCGGUCUGGCCACGGAGGCUUCCUCGGUGUCCUCUCGCAUGCCCCCCUACCCCAAAAUCUUGCGCAACUUAGAGGAAGUCCGUCGUGUCUUGGGUUCUUCGCGGGCUCUUACACUAGCGGAAAAGAUCCUCUACGCCCAUCUGGCGAAUCCCGAGGAGUCAUUGUUGUCCGGCACGGACAAUGGACGUGAUAUUCGCGGCAAGGCGAACCUGAAGUUGAAGCCGGACCGUGUGGCGAUGCAAGAUGCAUCGGCACAGAUGGCUCUAUUGCAGUUCAUGUCGUGCGGUCUCCCAUCGACCGCAGUGCCCGCCAGCAUUCACUGCGACCAUAUGAUUGUGGGUGAGCGCGGCGCCGACACGGAUUUGCCUGCAUCGAUCAAGGGUAAUAGUGAAGUGUUCGAUUUCCUGGAGAGUGCUGCCAAACGCUACGGUAUCGAAUUCUGGGCCCCCGGUGCUGGUAUCAUUCACCAGAGCGUCCUGGAGAACUACGCCGCCCCUGGAUUGAUGAUGCUGGGUACUGACAGCCACACCCCGAAUGCGGGUGGUCUUGGCGCUAUUGCCAUUGGUGUUGGUGGUGCUGACGCCGUGGAUGCGUUGGUUGAUGCUCCUUGGGAGCUGAAGGCACCUCGUGUUCUGGGUGUGCGACUGGAGGGCAAACUCAACGGCUGGGCUGCUCCCAAGGACAUUAUCCUGCACCUGGCAGGCAAGCUCACCGUCCGUGGAGGAACUGGUUUCAUCAUUGAGUAUCACGGACCGGGUGUGGAAACUCUUAGCUGCACUGGCCAGGCUACUAUUUGUAACAUGGGUGCUGAGGUGGGUGCUACCACUUCGGUGUUCCCAUUCUCUCCCAGCAUGAUCCCAUAUCUGCAGGCGACGCACCGUGGAGAUGUCGCCAAGGCGGCCGCGGAGAUUGCCGCUUCGGGUCCCAAGAACCUUCUGCGUGCCGACAACGGUGCCGAGUAUGACCAGCUGAUUACCAUUGACCUGUCGACGCUGGAGCCACACAUCAACGGACCUUUCACGCCGGAUUUGUCCGUUCCCCUUUCCGCCUUCGCCGAUACCGUUCGCGAGAAGAACUGGCCCGAAACCUUCGGAGCUGGUCUGAUUGGUAGCUGCACGAACAGCUCCUAUGAGGACAUGACCCGUGCUGAGGACCUGGUCAAGCAGGCCUCCGCUGCGGGCCUCAAGCCCAAGUCGGAUUUCUUUAUCACCCCAGGCAGUGAGCAGAUCCGGGCCACCCUCGACCGCGACCAGACGCUCUCCACCUUUGCCUCUGCAGGCGGUACUGUCCUGGCUAAUGCAUGCGGGCCGUGCAUUGGCCAAUGGAAGCGGACUGAUGGCGUUGCUAAAGGCGAGGAUAACGCUAUUUUCACUUCGUACAACCGCAACUUCCCCGGCCGUAACGACGGCAACCGCCGGACAAUGAACUUCCUGGCCUCCCCAGAGCUUGUCACAGCACUGGCGUAUUCUGGCCGUACUACCUUCAACCCUAUGACCGACAGCUUGACGACCCCGAGCGGUGGGGAGUUCCGGUUCCAGCCUCCGACUGGCUCUGCGCUGCCCGCUGAUGGCUUCGAAGACGGCAACCCCGACUUCAAGCCCACCGCGGCGGCCCCCGACGCAAGCUGCGAGGUGGUUGUGUCUCCCACCUCCGAUCGAUUGGCUCUGCUGGAGCCAUUUGCUCCCUUCCCCAAGGGAAACCUGUCCGGUCUGAAGGUGCUGUACAAGGUCAAGGGCCAGUGCACCACGGACACCAUCUCCGCCGCGGGCCCAUGGCUCAAGUACAAGGGUCACCUGCCCAACAUCUCCGCCAACACCCUAAUCGGCGCCGUCAACGCUGCCACUGGCGAGACCAACGUCGCCUACGACGAAGCUGGCAACCAGUAUUCAAUCCCCGACCUGGCCGCUCAAUGGAAGGCUGAGGGAAUCGAGUGGCUGGUGGUUGCCGAGGACAACUACGGUGAGGGUAGUGCUCGUGAGCACGCCGCAUUGCAGCCUCGCUACUUGGGUGGACGUAUCAUUCUGUCCAAGAGUUUCGCCCGUAUUCACGAGACCAACCUCAAGAAGCAGGGUGUCGUGCCUUUGACUUUCGAGAACCCCGCCGACUACGACCGCAUUGACGCAUGCGAUAAGGUCGACACGGUCGGACUGUACGAAACCCUGCAGGCAGGCGGACAAGGCUCGAUCAAGCUGCAGGUGACCAAGCAGAAUGGCGAGGCUGUUGAAAUUCCAGUGAAGCACACGCUGAGCCCGGAUCAGUGUGCAUUCAUUCUGGCAGGAAGUGCAUUGAACUUGUUGGCGCAAAAGGCGGGAAAGUCUAAUUAG